AUGGCUAUUAUGGAAACUGCUCAAAAAAUUCGAAAGUCCAAAACUAAUAACUUUACAUCGAUUUUAGUUCAGGUCCUAAAAAAAUACAACUUGACUAUUGAAUCCAAUCCAUCUCAAUUAUGCGACUAUGCUAGCGAACUCAGUGUUAUGUUACCAGACUGGAAGGCUCGAAAAAGUAUGAAAGAAUUACUUCAUCGACGUUCAUUCAGUAAAGAUCAGAUCAAGGCUCUUGUGCCAGAUAAAAGGAAUGAAAAAUGUACCAUCAAGAAAAGAGCUGAAUUUAAUGAAGACAAAAAACGAUAG